AUGUUUAAAGAUGUAAAUGCUCUCGUGCUCCGAGCCUAUAUCUCACAGCAUGGGCUGCACGGAGAAAUCGAGUUCUCUAGUAAAAAUGACAGUCUUAUUGGCAUUAGAACCAACUUGAAGCCGACUCUACAAUAUCCGGAUGGAGUUUGGAAGUGGUCAAUUCACGAAUAUCCCGUAGAUUACAGAGAUGUGUCGAACGAAAGGUGUUCAGAAUCCAGUCUCGGUAAAGAGCUGAUAGACUUGACAGAGGAACUUGGUUACUUGAUAGUGCCUGGCAAAGACCACGCGGAAUUCGAGAGUAAAAAUACGUUAACUGGUCCCAUGGGCCUUUGGGGUAAAAGUAUUAUAUUAGAAACUGCAGACAGGGACAGAGUCAUCUGUGCCUCCAUUUUAUCCACGGACAUGUUGUCUGAAAAGCAUGCAGUCGCAAGAUUUACUUCGCCCAUAGCCGGUACUUUGAAUUUCAGAUGGUUAACGACGCCCGAAUUGGACGAGACUGAUUCAUAUGUCCAAGCUGACCUCUACCAUACUAAAGUAUUGAAAGAAGGUCUCGGUUAUACCGAACAUAAGUGGAAAUUGUUCGUGACAGAUAUAUUCGAUUCAGAUAAAGGCAGUCAUGAAGAUAAUUGCAAUGUUCUUCAAUUAGUAUUCAAUCCUGACAAUAGCGGCGAGGGCAUGAGUGUUGGUGACCUGGAUAGCCGGUUUGGUCUCAUUAAAGUGGCGACUGAUGCGACAGAGAAGAAAAUGAAGAAGUUAUACAAGGAUGAAGUUUUAAAUAUCUUGAGAAGCGACAUGGAAGCUACGAAGAGGAAUCUUUAUGUUGUGAUAUUUGAUACUAGACAUUCCGAUAGCUUCUUAGCUUGUGCUAAGUUGAGACCGAUGCAGCCAAAGACUACCAAAGCUCUCAUCAACAUGGACGGGAUUAAAGGCGCUGUGGAAUUCAGUCAGCGAUCUCCAUUAGAUCCGACAUGGGCGAAUUUCCAGCUCGGUGCUUCAGAUCAGGAUUACGAGUCCAAUCUUAGAUUUGUGAGCUCCAUGCUGCAGUACAGCAUUAGAGAGCUACCACCGAAAGUUAUAGAUCCCGAAAAGUGGAAAAGCAUAUGUAACACUACGGGUAAUUUAUAUAAUCCUACUGGGGUUGACGAGAAGAAUGUACCACCUCCUGGUAUGGGAACAAUGGACCAGUAUCCUAUCGGCGACCUGCUGGGCAAAUACAAGGAUCGCACGGAAUACCUGAACCACAAGUACUUAUUGCCGGGUCUCGUGAACGAGCUCAGCGGAGCCUAUUGGGACGUCUUCCUGCCACUCAGUGGUCGAAAUAGCGUUCUGCAUAGAGCUGUGGUUUUGACCAGGAGACAACCGAAACACGAACUCUGCGCUACAAUCCUCCCUUACGAGUAUGGCACGGAGUAUCAGACGCAGAUGAGCUCUGCGCAAGUUGUGUUCCGUUACCCUAUCGUCGGUAGAGUCGUACUGAGGCAGCCUCUGGAACGACCUUGGGAGGACACCACCAUCAUUAUCGAGAGCAUGGUACACGCGGAUGGUGCCAGCAUCAACAAUACUUUCGAACACCGCUGGGCUAUUCACGAGCACGCACCGGGCAAGGACUACUACAACUGGACGGCGCGUUGCCUCAGCGCCGGCCGCGUGCUGCAGCAGAAAGACAUGGAAGUGGACGCGCGAAACCCGGAGCGCUCGUGCUCUUCCGCGCACGAGGGCCUGUGUCGUCUAGGAGACUUCACGACGAGGCACGGCAUGUUAUCCAUUGCUGGAAAGAAAGUGGAUAGCGCUCGUCUGACGCGACGGCUGUUCACGGACAGCUUGAUCGCUCUCUCGGGCGUGCGCUCUGUAUUGCGACGUUCGCUCGUGAUCUACGACGACCACGGACCUGUUGCGCGCGGGGAGAGACUGGCUUGCUCCGUCGUGAAUGGUCUUCACCGUCGCAAAGCUGUUAUUCAAGAUUGGUUCGGUAACGGAAACACUGUGGGGUUGAAGGGCAAGCUGGAGUUGACUCAGCAGUCAGAAUACGACAUAACCAAUGUCCAAGUCACGCUGGAGGGACUGGACGAAGAUAUCAGAAAUUACAAAAUACAUAUGACUCCUAUAGAAAAAGAGUUGGAGUUUCCUUGUGAGAAGACGACAAUUUACGAUACUUACAACCCAUUCCACGUGAACAAAUCGCUCAGUCCUCCUACUGCUAAAGGAACCGCAGACCAGUACGAACUUGGCGAUUUGGGUGAAAAGUACGGUCUUCUUGACAAUUUUAAAACGUUAACAACGUACUACAACGAGACGCAACUCUCUCUGUAUGGGCCUUAUAGUAUUUUGGGACGGUCCGUCGCUCUCCACAAGAAGAGCAAAGACCGUCGCUGGGCGUGUUCAUCUAUCGAGCGCGGCUACAGCCCGACCGAGGCGCGCGAGAUCCGCGCCAUCGCGUCCUUCCACCACCCCGGCGGGUUCGCGCACGGCUACGUGCGCAUGACGCAGCUCGUGCACGGCGACGGCAGCACCAGCGACACCAUCCUCGAAGUCAAGCUGCGACAUCCGGGAGUCAGGGACACCAACCUCACUCACCACCACAGAUGGGAGGUGUUCGUGAACCCGGUGGGCGUGGACGCGGCGGUGAAGGUGACGGGCACGCGCUGCGUCGCCGGCGGCUACCGCUGGAACCCGUACUUCACGCAACUGGCGGACCCGCUCAACCACGACCUUUAUAACCAAGAGUGCGGCGCCGACAAUCCUUUGAGAUGCGACGUGGGCGACUUGACGGCCAGACUCGGAACCAUAACUGUAGGUGGUCAGCGGCAAAUGUUCGUGGACAGCAACCUCCCACUCGAAGGGACUGUGUCUGCGAUGAGUCGUUCUCUCGUCAUAUUUGGUCCCGACAGAAGCUCGGAGCGGUUCGCCUGCGCCAACAUACUACCCGACAAGGAUAUCAUAAAGUUCGUCAAUAUUAUGAAGCCUCCGAGAUUUGUUUUGGGCCAGUUCCUUGCGGAAGUAAGGCGAGUGAUGGGGGUGCCGGAGUGGAUGGUGGGCGUGGACUCGCGGCGCACUCGCGUGCUGCACGCGGGCGCAUGCGUGCAGGUGCUGCUGCACUUCACAGGCCCUGAUGCUAGCCGACUCGAGCUAGAUUUCACUAAAUUAUUAGCAUCAGGGCGAUUAGAUUCUCCCUCAAUAUUCAUCCCUGGCUUCGUCGACCCCAAGCGGAAGAGAACCAUCUCCUACCGUCAGUGCGGCGUCACUGACCCGAAUGAAAGAAAAAGAAAUUUGGAAGGUCCAUUCCUAUUCUUUGGACCGAAAUCUCUUGAAAAGUACAAACGGCCAGCUCUCAAGGCCUUGGACCAGGAUGAUUUGAUGAAGAUUUACGGAGAACAAGCGGCUAUCGUGGUGUUCAAUAACCAGGAUUCGGUACCCCUAUCCAGUGGCAAUUUUCCAAGAUUGAGGAAAAUGUUGGAGGGUCAAACGACACUGGUUCUACCACAGGACUUUUUAGACGUCCACCCGGAUUACAUUAUCAACGAAACUCAGGUUCUGACGCUGCAAGGGCCGUGGUCGGAGCGUGAUGCGCAGAUGACCGAGACAUUCGCUAGACUUCAGGAUAUUUAUGGCGCUGGUCGUGUUUUGGGAGUUUUAGGAAAUUCAGUGUCUCAAAGCCAGCCGUCAGAUUACGAAGGUGACUGGAUCCGUGUGCGUCGCCAGGCUUCUGAUGAGAGCACUACUACGAGUGCACCGACCGCCGCCGAAGAAGAGAAACCGGCUCGGGUGUUGCCGAAAUACGCCCUUUAUAACGCCACGGGUCCUCCGGGUAAGGGCGCCCUUAUAUACUCCACAGGGUGGCCAGAACUAAAAUGGCCAGAUGGUACAUUGACGUUGCUGGACACUCCGGUGGGAGAACCCACCGUGAAACCUACCCGCCUUUAUACCAUCCUGGUCGUUCGUUUUGCUGAUGGGGAUAAUACUAGAGACAAGAUAACACUAGAGUUCUCAUUCAAACAAUUAUCUGGCUGGUGGACGGCGGUGGGUGUCGAAGUGAAGCGCGGUCUGGAGAGCACGGGACUCAACCUGCAAGCGCCCGCCUCCCCCGACGCACCGGCGGCUGUUCUGGGGAAGGCGUACCACUGCUCGCAGUCACUUGUCUACACAUCUGAGGAAGCUAGUCUCGUAUUUCCAGACAUACAGAUGCAGGUAUUUAUGGACAGCACGGAGAAGUUCGCGGACGCAUUCGAUUGCAUCACGUUCACGACCGUGCCCAUCUGGUCCGGUCUCAUGGUGACGUUCAUGAUGCUGACGGUGCUCGCGAUAUCGAUAGUGAUGAUAAUGGACAUCAAGACAAUGGACCGCUUCGAGACGAACAAAAGCAAGCAACUAAACAUAACUGUUAUCGAUUGAAGAUUCUCAUAGAAGUCAUUAUUUUCUGGAACCUUUGUAACCUUCAAUCAUGUUGAGAUGUUAGGAAAUGGAUUUAUAUCAUUAAAUAGAUUAUCAGUUAAACAGUGUACUUCUACUAAUUAUAUUACUAAACGUAUGUUGUUCGCAAAAAUAUUAACCUAACUAUAAAUUGGAGUAUACUAUUUACCGAUUCGGAUUUUUGGUAAAGGUUAAAAAAAUCUGGAGAGAUUUAAAUGUAUCUUUUAGAAAAUUUUAGUACUAAUAUAAUCAUUUGUUAAUAAAAUAUCCACCGAAAGACAGUUGUACCUCGGUCUUUACUUUUAUAAAUCAAUAAAUGUAAUUCUAUCAAUCCAUACGAUAUGAGGUUAAUACCAUAACGAUUUUAGGUAUAAAUAUCGUUGAAAGGAUGAUUGGUUAAGCAAUGUUGUCUUCUUUUCCGAAUGUAAAUCAAUAAGAGACUAAUCUUUAUUUGACUAAACGUAAAUUAAACUCCGUUUGUAAGUAAUACCGUUUAUGAUUGUAAUGUGUAAUUAAAAAUGUUCUGAAAGAAUUAAAGU